AUGCGGCUCCCUCCUGUGAACGCCAAGAGGCUGCCACAGCCCGGAGAGCCCAGCCUCGCGCACAUGAUCUCGUGUGCUGAAGUCUUCUCCGCUCACUUUGACAGAGAGGGCAUGCUUGACGCCCCGGACAGAGCCGCUGGAAACUUCCGCGUCUCCAAAGGGGCGAGCAUCGACUUGCUUGUACUGAACGGCUCGCAGCCCCAUCCGGUGGCUGGCUGCGUCGUGGAGACGCCGCUCGGGGAGACAGAGCAGCUCCGCCAAACCGCGGACGACUUGGGUAACCUCGUCUUCAUGUUCAAGGCAAAACUUGCCGGUCCGUACCGCAUUCAGUUGCAGUAUGGCGCAGGGCAGCCGUCGGCUUCGCCGGCGCACUCGCGCACGACUUCUGCCUCAACGCCGCCCACGCCUGAAGGCGGGCAGGGCGCAGGCGCAGGGCAGGCCUCGAAUGCGGAGUGGCCGGCGGCCUCUGCAUCGCUGUCGCCAGUCUCUGUGAUCAUCGUCGAGCCUGCACUCAGCAUCAACGGCGUGCCGCUGAAGCAAGAAAGCAUCUCACUGCAGACAGUGCUGUCUCGCUGCCUGGGACCCUUCGCGAGAUGGAGACGCAUGUUCACUAACACCGGCGAACUGGGCUACAACAUGAUCCACUUCACGCCUCUGCAGGCGCUGGGCGAGUCUGGGUCGUGCUACAGCAUCGCCGACCAGCUGCACAUCAGCGAGUUCUUCCUGGACGAUACUUCGGAGCCUUCGCUUUCUCCGCGGCGCGGCGCAAGCGGCGCCGUCCCGGGGUGCUUGGCGGCGCUGCGCCGCGCGAACAGCAGCGAAAUCGUCGGGCUGGAAGAACUGAAGGCGAUCAUUCACCUGAUGGAAACCGAGCUGGGACUGCUCAGCACCAUUGACCUCGUCCUCAAUCACACUGCCAGCAACAGUCCCUGGCUCCGCGACCACCCCGACAGCGGAUAUAGCCCCGACAAUUCGCCGUGGCUGACAGGUGCGUACGAGUUGGACUGGAAGCUGCAGGAGUUCAGUUUGCGAGUUGUCCGCGGCGAGUUCGCGGAGAAGUACGGAGCGACGAAGCAUAUCGACAACGAGCACCAGCUGCAGAAUGUGAUGCGCGCCUUCAACGAGGAGCUGCUAAAGCCUUUCCGCAUGGAAGAAUGGUUCUACCUGCAUGUAGACGACACUGUCGCCGCCUGGAAGGCCGCGCACGCGUCCGCCGCGGGCGCCCACGCCCAGCCUAGCAGGCUCGACGACGGCCAGAUGCAGGACCGCAUCUUCAACGAGGCGAUCAAGUCGGUUGGCGUGAAGCGCGGUCCGACGAUCGUGGUGUCGGGGGCGUUUCUGCGAGACUUGCUGCCUCUGAGCGAGGAGGGGCGUCUGCGCGGGCUGCUGUCGGCAGUCUGCGGGCGCCUGGUCGACAAGGCACGCGAGUCUGAGGACUUUGUGCACAAAGCUGUCGAAGGCCACGCACGCUGGGAGCGGCUGGAGUGCCGACGCGGGCCCCUGGGCGAAAAGCACUGGGAAGCGCUGGCGCCGCGCUACUUCACGCCGCUCGACGAGAGCCCCGAGCCCGCCCAGCGCUCCGUCUUGGCCAACAACGGCUGGGUGAUGGGCUGGGACGCGACGAAAGACUUCGCUGCCGCCGGCGCGCUGGUGUACCUCCGCAGAGAGCUCGUCGUCUGGUCCGACUGCGUCAAACUCAGAUACGGCAAAGGUCCGGAAGACGCGCCCUUCCUAUGGAACCACAUGACCGAGUACUGCCGCAUGGCUGCGAAGGCCUUCCACGGCGUGCGCCUCGACAACUGUCACUCCACGCCCAUCCACGUCGCGCAGCACAUGCUCCGCGAGUGUCGUCGCAUUCGCCCGGAUUUUUGGGUCUUCGCGGAGCUCUUCACUGGCAGCCAGGCGAUGGAUCUCCACUUUGAGCGAUGCCUCGGCAUCAACGCGCUGGUGCGUGAGGCGAUGCAGACGCACAACGCAGGCGAUCUCGCCUACCACUUGAAGAAGUUUGGCAUGAAGCAGGGCCUGGGUCAGCUGUCGCCGAUCUUCUCGCUCAAUCGCAGCGGCGCCCCGGUAGAGGCGAUCACCUCCGCCGCGGCCUGCGCCGGCGCGUCUCGCGCGGCCUCGCCCGCGGCGGACGCGACGCACGAGACGAAGCGCGAAGCGAGCGAAGACAGGAGCGAUCCUGCGUCUUCCUCGGGCUUCUUCAGCUCCCUCGCGCGCGGCUUCUCCUCGACCGUUUCGCUGCCGCCGGCGGCGUCUCUUGACGCCGCGUCGCCCUCGUCGCCCUCAUCGCCCGCGUCGACCGCGUCGCCGAGUCCAGCUCCACUCUCGCCGGCGACUCGCCGCGGCGUGCCGCUGCGGCCGGCGUUGUGCCCCGCGCUGUUCUACGACUGCACCCACGACAACGAGACGCCCAAUCAGAAGUUCACAGCUGCGGCGGCUCUUCCGUUCUCCGUGUUGCUCGCGGCCGCCGGCUGCCCAGUCGGAUCCACGCGCGGCUACGACGAGCUCGUCCCGCGCACGCUCUCAGUCGUCGCCGAGAACCGCGUCUACGAGGACUACCACGGCGACGUGCCCCUGAUCAACCCCGUGGCGCUGAUCGCGGGCAGCGAGCUGAAGGCCGUCUCGAACGGGACGACGGUCGACGCAGAGGAGGCGGUGGCGCGGCCGAAGAUCCUCGACGAACUCGCGCUGACUUGCAAGCAUGGCGGAAACCACGUGGUGAUGCGCGGCAGCUGGGAUAACUGGGAGCGCGACGUCUCAGGCGAACGCGACGAGAACGGACAUGUCCGCAUCGUCCUCCGGAAGGGCGCGCAGUAUGGCCUGAAGGGCGACGCGCCCGAGAAGCUGCAGUUCAAGUUCGUCGUCGACGGCAACUGGACUGUCGACUCAGACCUCCCCUGCGAAAAGGACGGAUGGAAUGUCAACAACGUUCUCAUGAGCGACGGCGCCAGCCCCGACGCCCACGCAACCUGGAAGCAAGGCGACUCGCCUCCCGGGCUGCUCGCGGUUCGCCCGAUUCUGAAUGCGCUGCAUGUCAAGGCUGGGCAGGAAGGAUUUGAGCAGUUGGAUGCGGAGUGCAAGACUGACGACCUCGUCGUCGCCGUCCGCCACCACCCCGUAACGCACGAGUGCAUCUACUUCAUAGCGCGCUGCGCCUACCACUGCCAGCAGGGCGACUAUCCGCUGCCCGAGAUUCGUUUGAGCGGAAAGAUUAAGGAGGUGCCUCUAAUGGCGACGCUGGCGCUGCCCGGCGACGCCGAGCAGCACUUCCGACCGGCGGUGGCAAAGAUCAACGGCCUUCCGGGCGCGGCGAAGCUCUUCUCGGAUUUGAGUUACUUCGCGCCGAACACGUACUUUGACGGCUCCUCAAACACGACGAGUCUGCAUCUGCAGAACUUCCCGCGUGGGUCGGCACUGAUUGUGCGGACUGCGCCUGCCGCGGCCUUCGCGGACGCGGCGCAGAUCGAACGCGAGCGCGCCGCUGCUCCGCUCUUCACGCCGGCGGCGGCGACCUGCUCGGCGCUCAUGAGCCACUACGCGCGCCUGUGGCCGCUGCUGCAAGAAACGUCGCUGGCGGCGCUCUCUGAGCUGCUUUUCUCCUGCGAACAGGAGGAGCGCGACCGCGGUCGCGGGCUGUACGAAGUCUCAGGCUACGGCUCGAUCGUCUACGCAGGCCUCACAGGCCCCGUGGCCAUCCUCGACGAGGUUCGGCGCGUGCCCUUCGAGGCGCAGACUAACCAACCCGUCUUCAGGAACUUGAAGGAGGGCUACUGGCUCCUGCGCUACGCGGCCGGGCGCAUCGCGCCGCCCUGUCUCGAGCCCAUCAAGGCCUGGCUCCAGGAGGCCGUGGACAUCAUCGAGCACCGAUUCCCAGUCUACGACUGGCUGCGGCCCUACUACGCGGACGACAUCCUCUCCCACCUCUACGCCCUCUGCUGCCGCUUCGUCCUCGACAAAAUGCCGCUCGCCCGCGGCAGCGUCGCCGACGCCGAGACCGGGCAGCUCCGCAUCCCCGGGAAGCUCGUCAUGCACGCCUCCUCCCCGAAGGGCAAGAAGAAGCAGAAUCCAAAGCACCCCGCAGUUGCGGCGGCGGACGGCGCAGACGCCGCCGAGGGCGGGAUCGCCGUGUCUCCUGGCGACCAUUUGCUUGCGCUGCUGAGUGUCUCCACGCUCCAGUUCUACUCAUUCGUUCCCUCUGCGCCGCUCGUGUGGCGCACGCUGCAGCCGAGCAUCUCCGCAGGACUGCCGUUCUUUUCGGCCGGAUUCAUGCGCGCCUGGGGACGGGAUACCUUCAUCGCGCUGAAGGGCAUUCUGCUCACCACGAGCCGGUACGAAGAGGCGAAGGCGGAGAUUCUCGGCUUCGCGCGCGUGAUGCGUCACGGUCUGAUCCCGAACCUCCUCGACGCAGGCAACAAUCCUCGCUACAACGCCCGAGACGCCACGUGGUUUUUCUGUCAGGCGAUUCAGGACUACUGCGUGCACGCGCCCGAGGGCCUGCAAAUCCUCAAGACUCCAGUGGAAAUGAAGUACGAAGGAAACGCCACGCAGGCGCCCGACCUGCCGAUCAACACACUCGCGGACGUCCUUCACCACAUCCUCCUCUCGCAUGCAAAGGGGAUCGAUUUCCGCGAGUGGAACGCGGGCAAGCAGAUUGACGAGCACAUGCGCGACGAAGGCUUCAACAUCCGCAUCUACAUGGACCCCAACACCGGGCUUAUUUUCGGAGGCAACCGCUUCAACUGCGGCACCUGGAUGGACAAAAUGGGCUCCAGCGACAAGGCGCACAACCGCGGACUGCCAGCGACCCCGCGCGACGGGGCUGCGGUGGAGAUCAUAGGCCUGUUGAAGUCGACGCUGCGCUUCGUCACGAUGCUGCCGGAGGAAUUCUUCCCCUACAAGACGGUCACCACGAGCGCAGGCCAAGAGAUGACCUACGUGCGCUGGAACUCGCUGCUCGAAGCGCGCUUCGAAAAGUGCUUCUACGUGCCGCAGAACGCGCAGGAGGACAGCCAGUUCUUCGUAGAUUCACAGUUCAUCAAUCGCCGCGGGAUCUACAAAGACACCUUCAAAGCCUCCGAAGUCUGGCGGGACUACCAGCUGCGCCCAAACGUCUGCGUCGCCCUCGCCGUCGCGCCGGAGCUCUUCGACAGAGCGCAUGCACGCGAGUAUUUGGCCGCAGUUGAAAAGGCGCUGUGGGGUCCCAAGCAGCUGGGGCUGAAGACACUCGAUCCCUCGGAUUGGAACUACCGCCCUGACUACGACAACUCGAACGACUCCGACGACUUCCACGUCGCCCACGGCUACAACUAUCACCAGGGCCCGGAAUGGAUCUGGCCGCUGGGGUAUUUCCUCAAGGCGAAGAUGAUUUUCGCGGAGGAGUUCGACGCGGAGCCCGGCGCCGGCGGGAAGACCGGGCCGCUGUCCAAGUCCCCGAGCAGCCAUCUGAAGGCGGAGUGCAUGCAGUUCCUUCAAAAUCACCGCGCACACCUCGACACCGACCGCUGGCGCUCGCUGCCCGAGCUUACCAACUCAAGCGGCAGCUUUUGCAAGGAUAGCUGCCCGGCCCAGGCGUGGUCGAUCGCGACUCUCCUCGCCGUCGUCGGCGACCUCGUCUCAGGUCCCGUUGACCUCCAGAAAAUCGGCCUCAAAGCCGGUCCUAGCGUCGCGGACGACGACGCCGAAUAA